AUGGAAGAAUCAGAAAAGAAGGUUCCACGUUUUGAACACAAACCAAAGGAGAAACGUAUGAGGCAAAAGAAAAAUAUGGAAACUUCUGCGCAUGAAGAAAUUACAAAUCCUGGAAGAAAAUGUCCUUCGUGCUCGAAAUUCUUUUUGCGUCCAAAAUCAUUGGAGCGACAUAUCGGUUGCAAGACCUGCAUCAGAAGAUCAGGAGUCCCUCGUGCAAAGCAUGCUAAGGUGACAGCAACACUCAAAUCACAGGCAGCCAGAAUUACAUCCACUACAUGCACCUUGGGAUUAGAAGUAAAGAAACAGAAUAUUCGAAAGAAAGAAAAGUUGAUAUUAGAUAAUUGGGAAAACGAAGUAAAAGGAAGUGCUAGAAAGACAGCAAACCUGAAGCGAAAAAGGGCAAAGUUUACUGAAGAGCAGAAAGGAGUAAUGGAAAAAUGUUUCGACGAAGGAGAAUAUGACAAAAGAAAGCGUUACACAACUUCAUCCUGUCAGAAGUUAAUGUUGGACAAGUUGGGACAGACGUUGGUACUAACAGAGAAACAAAUCGCUAGUUACUGGAGCAAUUACAGAAAAAGCAAGAGUGCACAGGAAAAGGAGAAUAAGAAACCGAAACUAAAAUAA